AUGGACAAAGUUCUUGAAGGGAUGGGAGAAAGGGAUCAAGGAAUAUCUAAUGCCCCCAUAUACGUUCUGUACUAUGAGAAUUUAAAAAUGAACUUUGAUAGAGAAAUUCGAAAGCUUGCUGCAUUUCUCGGUAUAAAACGAAGUGAGGAAUUUUUCCAAAAACUGUCGAAAAAGUGUGACUUUGAAGCCAUGAAAAAAGAGAGAAGUAAGAAGGGUUAUUCUGAAAACCAAAAGGCGGUAUGGAGGAACGGAGAGGUUAAGUUCCUGAGGAAAGGUAUGAUUGGAGACUGGAAAAAUCAUUUCACCAUGGCGCAAAAUGAACGGUUUGGCGCUGUAUUAGAAAAAGAACUGAGGGGCAGUGAGACUGAAUUUGUGUUCGAGUCUUACCUGACAUACCGGACAGGAAAUCGAUGCGACACGCGAUCUUAAUCUCGAAAAAUGUGCAUAAGGAAUCGAUUAAUGUCGUAUUUGUCACUUUUAUAAAUGUAUGAAGGACCACGGGUCUUUAUAACAUAUCGGUAGUUGUAGUUAAAGAGCAUUAGGGCAUUUUUAUCCCUAAGAGUAAACCAAUAAUCUCUUGGUCAUGUACGCAUCCAUACAUCUAUGUCUACGUACACCUGCGUGUCAUGUACGUUUGUAUGCACCUAUAUCUACACACACCUGCGUGUCAUGUACGUUUGUAUGCACCUAUAUCUACACACACCUGCGUGUCAUGUACGUUUGUAUGUAUCUAUAUCUACGCACACCUGCGUGUCAUGUAGGUUUGUAUGCAUCUAUAUCUACGCACACCUGCGUGUCAUGUACGUAUGUAUACAUUUAUAUCUACGCACACCUGCGUGUCAUGUACGUUUGCAUACAUUUAUAUCUACGCACAUCUACUUGUCAUGUACGUUUGUAUGCACCUAUAUCUACACACACCUGCUUGUCAUGUACGUUUGUAUGCAUCUAUAUCUACGCACACCUGCGUGUCGUGUACGUUUGUAUGCACCUAUAUCUACACACACCUGCGUGUCAUGUACGUUUGUAUGCAUCUAUAUCUACGCACGUGUUAUGUACGUUUUUAUGUUUCUAUAUCUACGCAUGCCUGGAAACGUUGGGGUCAUGUACGUCCAUUUACGUCUUGGCCUCGCACGCCCGUAUUCGCCUCGAUCAUAUACUUUUUUUGUAGAAGUGGAUAAUUUUCUCAAUUCAACUGCACUCUUAUGGAUACAUUUGAGAUGUGCGCAUGUGUCUUUCGAUGUUAUAUUCAUUUUUAGUACGAUAGGGUAUUGGAAAAAUAUCAGCCUUUAAGAAACCCACUGUGACAGGUGAAAAAUUUUCCAGUUAGCUGUUAAUGUUAAUACUGAACAGUGGAGGGAAAAGAAUAUCACCAAGGGGCACACCGAUCCUUUG